UUUUAUUCUCAUUGACAUUUAAACUCUGUGGCAGAUCCAAAUGUAAAAAUUGGAAAACUGGACUCUAAACUAUCCAGAUGUGUACUAUCGACUGUUGAAAGAGGUGUUGUAUUCAUCGGAGUAUUAUCACCAGGUCAAUCUCCACCAUCUAUUGCAGCGAUUUCAGCUUCUGCACAAGAUCACUGGAAAAACUAUUUUACUACCAACUCGUGCAAGAAAGUCAUCAUCCUUUCGAUUCAGUACGCUCAAAGCUAUUGACAGAAGCUUUGACAGCGUGGCAGGAUGCCUCAUGAAGAGGGAAGACAUUAACUAGAGAGAAGCAGAUGAGCGACUCGUUAAAUAGUUUUUAGAAGACAAUCAACACUAAAUACCAGAAUACUAUAAACGAGCCACGUGGGAAUCUGGUGUAGCAUCCACGAUGCAGAACAGUCACAGUGGAGUAAAUCAGCUUGGUGGCGUGUUUGUCAACGGAAGACCACUGCCAGACUCAACCAGACAGAAGAUAGUCGAACUUGCCCACAGUGGUGCACGACCGUGCGAUAUCUCCAGGAUUCUGCAGACCCAUGCUGAUGCAAAAGUCCAAGUGCUGGACAAUCAAAACGUGUCGAAUGGGUGCGUGAGUAAAAUCCUGGGCAGAUACUAUGAAACAGGCUCCAUCAGACCUAGGGCGAUCGGAGGAAGCAAGCCCAGAGUAGCGACUCCAGAAGUAGUCGGCAAAAUUGCUCAGUAUAAACGGGAGUGCCCUUCGAUCUUUGCCUGGGAGAUCCGAGACAGGUUACUAUCAGACGGGGUCUGUACCAACGACAAUAUCCCCAGUGUGUCAUCGAUAAACAGAGUCCUUCGCAACCUGGCUAGCGAAAAGCAACAGAUGGGUGCAGAUGGCAUGUACGACAAGCUGAGGAUGUUGAACGGCCAAACAGGGACUUGGGGAACCCGGCCGGGCUGGUACCCGGGUACAUCAGUGCCAGGACAGCCUAACCAAGAUGGUUGUCAGCCGCAGGAUGGAGGAGGUGAAAAUACAAACUCCAUCAGCUCCAACGGAGAGGAUUCAGACGAGACCCAAAUGAGGCUUCAACUGAAGAGAAAGUUACAAAGAAACAGAACGUCAUUUACCCAAGAGCAGAUAGAGGCAUUGGAAAAAGAGUUUGAAAGAACCCACUACCCCGACGUUUUCGCUAGGGAGAGGUUAGCAGCCAAAAUAGACCUACCUGAAGCUAGAAUACAGGUUUGGUUUUCUAACAGAAGAGCAAAAUGGAGGAGAGAGGAGAAACUGAGAAACCAGAGAAGACAAGCCAGCAACUCAUCCAGUCACAUUCCCAUAAGCAGCAGUUUCAGUACCAGCGUCUACCAGCCCAUUCCGCAACCUACCACGCCUGUGUCCUUCACAUCAGGUUCCAUGUUGGGUAGAACAGAUACAUCCCUCUCAAACACAUACGGUGCUCUGCCACCCAUGCCAAGCUUUACCAUGGCCAACAACCUGUCUAUGCAACCCCCAGUGCCCAGCCAGCCAUCUUCCUAUUCCUGCAUGCUGCCCACCAGUCCGUCAGUGAAUGGGCGGAGCUACGACACAUACACGCCCCCUCAUAUGCAGUCACAUAUGAACAGCCAGCCAAUGGGCUCUUCUGGCACCGCCUCCACAGGUCUCAUCUCCCCUGGAGUAUCUGUCCCUGUCCAAGUUCCAGGCAGCGAACCUGACAUGUCUCAGUACUGGCCAAGACUACAGUAAAGAGAAGAGUUACUUCACAUUGUGACUUUGUGGAGAAAGUUGGUUGUCCAGCAGUAUUUUAUAAAGAGAAGAAAGACUCUGAAAGCAAACAUUUUGUACUGGAAUUGUGCCCUGUGCUAUAAUUCUUGGCACAAGAAGACUUCAACAUGGACUUCUGUAGAGUGUCAGGCAUUAUAUCCUAUAUGGAACAAAACUGUCUCUGUUUUCAGUUUCCAAAUUUUAGUCAUUUUUGGUGUAUUUGUAAAUGGCCAUUUGUAUGUUAUUAUGAAACAAGAACAACACUGGAGGGACUGUUGAACAGUGGUGGUCAUGCAAUUGUGUUGAUGAGGAAGCCAUGAUCAACAGAUUCUGCCAUGAACAGUUUUAUCAACUUAUAUCAAGUACUUCUAUCAAUCUUUUUACAGAUUGUGAACUCUGAUGAAAAAAGUUUGUAUCAUUUCAUUGCCAGGCUGGAAGAAAAGGCUCUAGUUAUGUGCAAGAACAUUCAUCUGUUGUUUUUUCCCCCAAAGCUUGUUGGCAGAUGAAAGUUUAUGUGCAAAGAGAUAAAUGGUGACAAGGAAGUGAAAACUUUUGGUAGCUAAAAAGUAGAUUGUGUCUUCGAUAUAAUCCAAUUUGUUUAUGUCGAAAUGUAAGUAUUUGUCUUCCCUAGAAAUCUCCCAGAAUGAUUUCUAUAAUAAAGUUAAUUUCAUUUAUAUUUCCCAGAAUAUACUAUAGAUGUUUUAUACACAUUUUCAUGCAUUAUAAAUACGUUCUUCUUUAGGUCAGUUCCAAGUUAAUUGUUCUUAGAGAUAGUUGUACUAUAGUGUUUUACAGUCAAAUCAUUUUUGUGCAACUAGAAAUACUUAAUUCCUAUAAUUGAUUAAAAAAAAAUGCUUGCCAGAGAUUUAAACGUAAGUGUUUGGAAGUUGUUUACAACUACAUAUCAAAAUUAACCAUUGUUGAUUGUAAAAACAUACCAAAGCCUUUGUAUUUCAUUUAUUACACAAUUUUCUUUUUUAUUCUUAGUCUUGUGUUGCAAAUUUUGUAAACAUUUAUAUAUAUAUUUCAUUUUUUUUGUAGCUUUUUUUUUAUUUUUACAUUGGCUUAGAAUAUGUUUAACUUCAGGCUACUUCAAACGUUCAAUUAUUUAUGACUCCAAAACGCAUAAUUUCGGCAUGGAAUGAUAUGCGUUUAUUGAUGGUCAUAUUUUUGGUAUGGAGAUACGUCAUGACACACGAUCUGGGUUCUGCGUCAACACAUUGCACAUAAGAAGCAAGUCUAUACUGUCAAGUAUUUCGAUUUAAUUUUAUUUAAAAUGGAGCUUUUUAAAUGUACUUUGUGAAAAACUAUAAAAUAAUUUUGUACAGGUUGUUAGUGUCUGAGUGAGAGCUUUCUCUUCCAUAAAACAUUUUUUUUAAUUUACUAAGGAUCUUAGUUUGGCAGAUCAGGCUUCUUUUAAUUUGAACAUAGGCUGGUUUUCUAAGGUAUUUAAUAGUAUUGCAGGGCCAUUAUUUGUACAGACUGCACAUGUGCUAGAAAAUUAUAUUUGGGUCCUAUUAAAAAUAUAAGAAAAACAACUAAA